GCAAGCGGGCUGCCCUCCUGGCGGAGCUGGCGCUGCGCGGGGCGCUCGCCGUAUCUGCCAUGCAAAACGAGGGAGCUUUAUGAAGGAAUCCGUCUUGUAAAGCCAUUGGUCCUGGUCAUCAGCCUCUACCCAAUGCUUUCCUGAUGCUGCCGCUGAUCUAUUUGGGAAGUUGGCUGGCUGGCGAGGCAGAGCCUCUCCUCAAAGCCUGGCUCCCACGGAAAACAUGCUCAGUGCAGCCGCGUGCGUGAACGCGAACGCCGCCGGGCGCUUCUAGUCGGGCAAGAUGCAGCCAAGAACUCCGCUCGCCCUGUGCUUCCUGCUGUCCCAGGUGCUGCUGCUAACAUCUGCAGAGGGUUUGGAUUGCACCCCUGGAUUUCAGCAGAAAGUGUUCCAUAUUGAACAGCCGGCUGAAUUCAUCGAGGACCAGUCGAUUCUAAACUUGACCUUCAGUGACUGUAAAGGAAAUAACAAGGUGCGCUAUGAAGUCUCCAGCCCAUACUUCAAGGUGAACAGUGAUGGGGGCUUGGUGGCCCUGAGGAAUGUAACUGCAGUGGGCAGGACCCUGUUCGUUCAUGCACGGACACCCCAUGCAGAAGACAUGGCAGAACUGGUGAUCAUCGGGGGCAGAGACAUCCAGGGCUCCUUACAGGAUAUAUUUAAAUUUGCAAGGACUUCUCCAGUCCCAAGACAAAAGAGAUCCAUCGUGGUGUCUCCAAUUCUGAUUCCAGAGAACCAGAGACAGCCCUUCCCCCGAGAUGUUGGCAAGGUAGUCGAUAGUGACAGACCAGAAGGGUCCAAGUUCCGGCUCACGGGGAAGGGAGUGGAUCAAGAACCGAAAGGAAUUUUCAGGAUCAAUGAGAACACGGGCAGCGUCUCGGUGACACGGACCCUGGACCGGGAAGUGAUUGCUACUUAUCAACUUUUCGUGGAGACUACUGAUGCCAGUGGCAAAACUCUUGAGGGGCCAGUCCCCCUGGAAAUCAUUGUGAUUGAUCAGAAUGACAACAGACCAGUCUUUCGGGAGGGUCCCUACGUCGGCCACGUCAUGGAGGGCUCACCCACAGGGACCACGGUGAUGCGGAUGACAGCCUUCGACGCGGAUGACCCUGCCACCGACAAUGCCCUCCUGCGGUACAAUAUCCGUCAGCAGACGCCUGACAAGCCGUCUCCCAACAUGUUCUACAUCGAUCCCGAGAAAGGAGACAUUGUCACCGUCGUGUCACCUGCACUGCUGGACCGGGAGACGCUGGAAAACCCCAAGUACGAAUUGAUCAUCGAGGCCCAAGAUAUGGCAGGACUGGACGUUGGGUUAACGGGCACAGCCACCGCCACGAUCGUGAUCGAUGACAAAAACGACCACUCGCCGAAAUUCACCCAGAAGGAGUUCCAAGCCACAGUUGAGGAAGGUGCCGUGGGCGUGAUUGUUAACCUGACAGUCGAGGACAAGGACGAUCCUGCGACGGGUGCGUGGCGGGCAGCCUACACCAUCAUCAACGGAAACCCCGGGCAGAGCUUCGAAAUCCACACCAACCCCCAGACCAACGAGGGCAUGCUGUCCGUCAUCAAGCCCCUGGACUAUGAGAUUUCUGCCUUCCACACUCUGCUCAUCAAAGUGGAGAAUGAGGACCCGCUGGUCCCCGACGUCUCCUAUGGCCCCAGCUCCACGGCGACCGUCCACAUCACUGUCCUGGACGUCAACGAGGGCCCCGUGUUCUACCCAGACCCCAUGAUGGUGACCAGGCGGGAGAACAUCUCUGUGGGCAGCGUCCUGCUAACAGUCAAUGCCACGGACCCUGACUCCCUACAGCAUCAAACCAUCAGGUAUUCUGUCUACAAGGACCCAGCAGGCUGGCUGAACAUCAACCCCAUCAACGGGACUGUGGACACCACGGCCGUGCUGGACCGCGAGUCCCCUUUCGUCCACAACAGCGUCUACACUGCCCUCUUCCUGGCCAUCGACAGCGGUAACCCUCCCGCCACCGGCACGGGGACACUGCUGAUUACGCUGGAGGACGUGAAUGACAACGCUCCCUUCAUCUACCCCACGGUGGCUGAAGUCUGUGAUGACGCCAAAAACCUCAGCGUCAUCAUCCUGGGAGCUUCAGACAAGGAUCUUCACCCGAACACAGAUCCUUUCAAGUUUGAAAUCCAUAAACAGGCUGUCCCUGAUAAAGUGUGGAAGAUCACCAAGGUCAACAAUACACACGCCCUGGUCAGCCUUCUUCAAAAUCUGAAUAAAGCCAACUACAACGUGCCAGUCAUGGUGACAGAUUCAGGGAAGCCCCCCAUGACCAACGUCACGGACAUCAGGGUGCAGGUGUGCUCGUGCAGGAACGCCAAGGUGGACUGUAAUGCGGCAGGGGCCCUGCGCACCAGCCUCGCCUGCGCCCUGCUCGCCGCCCUCCUCAGCCUCGCGUGGAAGUCGGCCUAA